AUGGUCAACGUCGGCCUUGCCGCCACGCUGGGGUGCAUGGCCGUGCUCGCCAUUCCCGAGCUGCUCAGUCACAGCGGGCACGAUCACAAUGCCGCGCUCGGUUGGGCCAAUCUCCUGACGGAGAUGCUGCACAACUUUGCGGACGGCAUGUCCCUCGGCGUCGCCUGGGUGUCGGGCAUGACCAGCGGGCUCGCCACCGCGCUGGCGGUCGCCGUGCACGAGCUGCCCCAGGCAGCUGCGACCUUCUCGUCUCUGCCGGCGGACGUCCGACAGUUCGGGUGGUAUUCGCACUACCGUUACACCGAAUUUGCGUUGAUCGCUGCCAAGUUCUCCGAGGGGUUCGCGUCGAUUUGUAUGGUUGGCAUAAGGCCCCGCGUGCAGAACAGGUGCACAUGCGCAGAGUACCCUGCCCUUCAACAGGACCUCGAAGAUGCCUUCCGUCAGAAAAAGGCUCCUUUCUUCACCGCCGACGGCAAGGAGGAGUGCUCAUUCGAGAAGGAGAAGAUAUUCUGGAAGCAGGUCGGCAUUGCGGAUCUUGAGGUCGAGCUCGCAGUAAGUAGCACGACGGGUAAGUGCGCAGUAGUGUGUUCUUGCCCCGACGAAUUCAUGGAAGAGGCGAAAGACGUCAUCAAGAAACACAAUCAGAAGGAUAAUCUCCACAAGGUCGCCAUGUCCUGGGCAACGUCGAAAGACGUCUACAAGGGCGGCGCUGCGCUGGAUCCCGCCCAGACUCCGGUUGCCGCCGCGGAGAGGUACCUGCUGGCGGAGGAGGCGGAGGGGCAGGCGAGCGAGGACAACGUCGAGAACCUGAAGGAUGCCAAGAAGAAGGCGCUGCAGAUCGACCCCACGGACGCGCCCGCCUGGUUCAACCUGGGCGUCGACGGCGGCGGGACGGUCUCGGGCCGCGCCCACAGCAAGAAGGACUGCUUCGAGAAGGCGCUGCAGAUCGACCCCGAGCACAAGCUCGCCUGGUUCAACCUGGGCGUCGCCGGCGGCGGGACGGUCUCGGGCCGCGCCCACAGCAAGAAGAACUGCUUCGAGAAGGCGCUGCAGAUCGACCCCGAGUACGCGCGCGCCUGGUAUAACCUGGGCAACGCCGGCGGCGGGACGGUCUUGGGCCGCGCCCACAGCGAGAAGAACUGCUUCGAGAAGGCGCUGCAGAUCGACCCCGAGAACGCGCCCGCCUGGUAUAACCUGGGCAACGCCGGCGGCGGGACGGUCUCGGGCCGCGCCCACAGCCCGAAGAACUGCUUCGAGAAGGCGCUGCAGAUCGACCCCACGGACGCGGACGCCUGGUAUAACCUGGGCGUCGCCGGCGGCGGGACGGUCUCGGGCCGCGCCCACAGCCCGAAGAACUGCUACGAGAAGUCGCUGCAGAUCGACCCCGAGAACGCGCCCGCCUGGUAUAACCUGGGCAACGCCGGCGGCGGGACGGUCUCGGGCCGCGCCCACAGCAAGAAGGACUGCUACGAGAAGGCGCUGCAGAUCGACCCCACGUACGCGCCCACGCCUGCCUGCUGA